AUGGCCAAACCCAUCUUCUGUGCCACGCACCCUCGAGCGUGCAGCACUGCUUUUGAACGUGUUUUCAUGACCAGGAAAGAUUUGGCCUGUGUCCAUGAACCCUUUGGUGAUGCCUUCUAUUACGGCCCGGAAAGAAUGAGUCCUCGCUUUGAGGCCGAUGAAGAGGCAAGGAAGGCCUCGGGAUUUAGUGAUUCCACCUACAAGACAAUCUUCGAUCAUAUAGAUCGUGAAGGAUCCGAGGGGAAACGUCUCUUCAUCAAGGACAUCAUUUACUAUCUGGUGCCUCCCGAUCGUCAACCCGCCCGAAUUGCACCGUCCUUGAUCACGAAGAAACGUGGCAUCGGUACUGAAUCGGCCAACAUCCCCAACGGAGUCAACGGAGCCAAUGGACAACAUGAUGCGGUCAAGAUGCCUCCAUAUCCGUAUGCGACCGAUGGCGAACCGGGGAACCCUACCGUGGUUCCGAAAGCGUUACUGGAGACAUUCCAUUUUACCUUCCUCAUCCGCGAUCCUCACUCCAGCGUCCCCUCAUACUACCGUUGCACCAUUCCUCCUUUGGACGACAUGACUGGAUUUCAUGAUUUCUACCCCAGUGAAGCUGGAUAUGACGAGCUUCGUCGAUUCUUCGACUUUACUCGAGAAGCUGGGUUGGUCGGACAUCAAGUCGCCGGCCAAGCCAAUGGGGUCGCCAAUGGGGACGUGGGUAAACCUGAGACCUGUGUUGUUGAUGCCGACGACCUGCUAGACGACCCGGAGGGCGUCUUGAAGAUCUACUGCAAGAGUGUCGGGCUUGAGUUCACUCAAGACAUGCUGAAUUGGGACAAUGAAGAGGACCAGAAGCGUGCCAAAGCCGCGUUUGAGAAGUGGAAAGGCUUCCAUGAAGAUGCCAUCGACUCCAAGGAUCUCAAGCCAAGGGCUCAUAAGAGGGCCGCCAAAUCCGAAGCCGAGUGGGACGCCGAAUGGGAGAAGAAAUAUGGCAAGCAAGCAGCCAAAGUGAUCAGAGAGACGGUUGACCAGAACAUGGACGACUAUCAUUACCUCAAGCAGUUCGCUUUGAAGGCAUAA